AUGGACUCCUACGGUCGACAUCGUUCGCCUGCCUGGGAUUGCGCGGUAUGCAUGCACGAGGAGGGACGUCGCUCCAAUGCAGGUCACUUUGCACUUUUUGCUGACGUCCUCCGCGACUCGGAGAAUCGGCGGAAGUAUAGCACCUUGGACGAACGCGCCGCGACUGAUCGAGAACGAUCCAACAGUGACCUGCUUCAUCACAGAGUACGCCAGGCCGAUCAGAUAUACGCCCCUCUCAGCGACUCCCAGUAUCGGGUCCUUGGAAUACUGCCUGGCAGCUUCGACGGUCCAUUACGAAGCCAGCUCUACACCCGCGAGUGCAGUGAUCUUGCCCCAUUCCAGCACAAUGCUUCCUUCGACGCCUUGUCAUACUGCUGGGGCCAGCCAGUAUUUACCGAAUCGAUUGAGUGCGAUGGAGUGGUCUAUCCCAUCACAGCAAACCUCGACAGCGCUCUUCGGCACAUCCGCAGCGAGCACACGACAAAGUUACUAUGGGUGGACUAUCUCUGCAUAAACCAAACAGAUCUCAAAGAGCGCUCUCAGCAGAUUCGGAACAUGGGCUUGAUCUUUGGAUCCGCUCGCACGGUCGUCGCAUGGCUUGGAGACGCUGCGGAGAAUACUGAAGCGGCUGUCGUCUGCCUCUCACGAGUUGAAAAGAGGUCAAUAGAGUGGGAUCGCACGUGUGAGAAGCACAAGAACGUGGUAAAGAGCGGGCUCGGCGAAAUGCUGGGUCGUCCGUGGUUUCGACGGCUCUGGAUCAAGCAGGAGGCCGUUGCUGCUGGCAAAGAUCAUCUCAGAUUUGUUUGUGGCCCAUGGCAGCUCUCUCGGUCAGCGCUCGCUCACGCCGCUGCUGGAUAUGCAUCUUCGAAGCGAGUCAGGCGAGCACGUCACUACCCUGUCAUGCAUAACAACGAUUCGUUCUUGCCCAACCCAUUCGACAACAUGCCAGAUUUCAACAGGCAUACUUUAGCCAGUGCGAUGCACGUCGCUGCUGGCAGUGAGUGUGGCGACCCGCGUGAUCGCAUAUACGGGCUCUUGGGCAUGGUGCAAUUCCCAGCGGCCAAAUCCACAAAAGCGAGUUUUCCUGACGAAGCAAACCUUGUCGUGGAUUACACUCGAUCGCCUCUCCAGAUCAUGCAAGACGCUAUGGAAUACUCGAUCAAGGAGCAAGGAGGCUUGCGCAUCUUUUCCGUGUUAUGGGCUGGAACUGCCAACAAAGGUGUUGGUGUUGUCUUCGGCGGGAGCAUUGGUGAUGCUGCCCUGCCUAGUUGGUGUCCGAAUUUGGCCCUUAGUUGGGUCUGCCGACCCACAGCUAACGCUGGCUAUAGACGUCAGUGGGCGCAUUUGUCUCUUCAGACGACAAUAGAGCAGCCGGGCAUCUUGAACAUACAAGGGGUCAUCAUCGGCGGCGUGCAAGGCGAUCAAGACCACCCUCACCGAUUGUUUCUACGCAGCUGGUUCGGUAUUGCAUUAGCGAAGGGGAUUCAAGAGGCCAUGGUAUCACCUCCGUGGGGUGCACCGAUAUCUAGCGUCGAAACAGUGCCGUUGGAGCCCAAGACAGGCGAUUGGGACGUCCAUCAAUGGCUGCACGACCACGAUCCUUCACCAAGGACCCUCGACAUCAACGAUCGCCUGGUUCUUGUAGAGGGCAGCGCGGCAUUGUUUGUCCUUCGUCCGGUGGACCAUGCUAAACUGGUCACCAGUUUCGUGGGGUUGACAUACCUCACGGAGCCCACUAACGUCGAACAAGCCGAAGGCCUGGAACCCUCGCUGCGACUGCUUCUGCAUCAAGCGGAAGAGGCUGGCGAGCUCAAGCAUUUCAAGGUGGUAUGA